UCUCUCUCUAGAAUCUUAGUUAUGCUCCUUGUUGAGAAGUUAUGUCACCUUGCUUUUAUGUCUUACAACUCCUAGAAAGUAGCCCUAAAUAGUAGUAAAAUUUCCACAAAACCAAGAAACAUCCUAACCUCAAAAUUACUCAAACACAGACACUUUACAAACCUCAAAUUAUCUGUCACAAAAUGCAAAAGAACCUCUUCCCUCUUAUAAACCUACUUAAACCACAUAAAAAUGUGCUACAAAAAUUAAAUUAAAAAACCACAAAAAUUGAUUUUUCCUCAACUUAAGUGAAAAAAUUUUUACUUGUUUAUGACAUCGAAAGAAAUGGAGAAAUUAUGAAUGAUAAAUGCUCCUCAAUCACGCAAAGUGCCUUACGGCAACCUUUUUGAACUCUUUUGAAGAAGAAAAUAUAUUUUCAAAUGAAUCUUCCAGCAACAAAAAAUAAGUUUUGAAUGAAAACAAAAAACAAAAAAUAAUUUUUGCAUGAAUGGAUUCACCAACAUGUUUAUUGUUUUUGCUGUUGAUUUCAAAUGUCCCAAGGGCUAAACAAAUUGUUCAAAAGAAACAAGACGAAGGAAAAAGGGGAGAAAAAAAUAUAUUCAAAUUCUGAUACAACCCCGUGAAAUGUGCUGUAUGGGGACGCUCCAUAAGCAUAAAUAGUGAAUUGAAAAAAUAAGAAGAAAUAAAAAAUAAAAAUAUUGUGGAUAAAAAAGGAAACCCGAGAGAAUAAAAUAUUAAACAAAAUGUUGGGUCGAUGUGUUAAUGGUCAAGGAUCAAAUGACGAUGUGUCGAAUUUUCCAGAGAUUUACACUCAAUGGGCAAAUUACUAUUUGGAGCGUGCCAAGUCAAAGCGUAAAGUUGUUGACUUGUCGACAGAUUGUCGCGAUGGAUUACUACUUGCUGAAGUUAUUGAGGCUGUUACUAAUUUCAAAGUACCUGAUUUGAUAAAGAAACCUAAAACGCAACAGCAAAUGUACGAUAAUGUUGAGGCAUGCCUUGCAGUUUUAAGACAAAAUCAAGUUGGUGGCUUAGAAACAAUAACGACAAAUGAUAUCUGCGCUGGACGUUUAAAAGCAGUUUUAUCGCUAUUCUUUAGUUUAAGUAGAUAUAAACAGGCAUCAAAACUUAGAACACCGACAAAAGGACCACAACAGCUCACACAUCAAGCACAAAUUCAUCAUCAGUCUGUACAGAGUCUAAACUCGUCGCAAGGAGAUAUGACGAAAGAAAGGUAA